CCGCCAUUCCCAUUGAUUCCGCAUGUGUUACGGGUAUAGUAAGCUGUGGGGAGCGAGCAUAGAUAAGAAAAGGAAACAAUACGAAUAGAAAAAGAGAGAGCCCGUGAUAAAGGUUAGAUAGAGAAGAAAAAGUCUCGCCAACAAAGGAGCAAGAAGGCAAGCAAGUCAGCUCUCUCUCUCCGCAAGGUGGACCCCAGCUCUUCCACUCGAGUACUAUGAGACACAACAUUUCAAAGGCAUCAUACCAGACAGUACCGCCUCCGGUAUCAUAGCGGUGUAAACCGUGUAAUACUCGUACAGUACUGUAUAGAUACUCUCCACCACGUUCACAGUUCACUCAGUCCAACAACUGUCCAACCGCCCAAGCCUAGCCACCGCAACCUUUACCUCCUGCUUGCUUGCUCGCCUGCUUCAUCUCGCCCACCUACCCGCCCGCUGUGCUGCAGUUCACCUCCAUCCAACUGACCGGAAGAGUAUCUAUCAUACCCGGAAUUUUUCCCCUUCCCAUCCAUCCCACCCACCCACACAUUCAUCCAUCCAUCAUCAUCAUCAAUCGUCAACAUCAUCACCACCAUCAUCAUUAUCAUCAUCAUCACCACCACCACCACCACCAUCACCAUCACCACCAUCAUUUCUGAUCAUCACCUUCAACCGAGCACUUUACUAUCCUAGGCCACUUUGCCCUACCGUGCCCUACAACACGGAAGAAGGCCCACAACCCUAAAACUGGGAAAGGGGACACUAGGAAAAAAAAAAAAAUAGAAAAUACCCCGGAAUUCUGAAACAAGCGCUCGUACUAGUACAGUAAGUAAAUACCGGCAAGGCAUUGUAUACCAAAACCAUCCCCCAACCUUCGAAGCCGUCGGACAAACAAUCCAAUCCAAUACGUCCCUCCCCCUUUGCAAAGCAAAACCUCCCUCCUCCGCUAUACUCAUUCGUCACCACCCUUCAAGCCUCUGGAGCAAAGGUCUAAAUAAUAGGUAGCUUCAUCAUGUUCUGUUUACGAAGGUAUGCUCAUCUCCAUUCCACCCCCCAAUCUUCCCCCCUCCCACCGUCCGUCUCCGAUUACUUGAGUACCCUGUACCUUACUUCCCUUUCCGCUAUCGCCCCCGUCACCAUGCAAACUACCAUGCCAAUCAAUCACCCAAUGGCUAACAAAAAAAUUAAAAAAAUACAGCUGGCUCCCCCUCCUCUUCAUCCCAACAUCCGCCUCCCCCGCCUUCAUAGUCUUAUUCCUCAUCUGCACCUACCUCUUUCACCGACCUUGGUACCCCCCUCCUUCCUCCGCCUCCCCCCACUUUAUCGGCUAACAAUCCGCGCUAGUGUCUACUGCUCCCUAAUAAUGCUAACCCUCUUCUCCUCCUCCUGCUACUGGUCCGACCGCUGCUUCCUGGAUAGUAACGACGGGCACUGGUUCGAGCCGAGGUUCUUGUCAUCCGCCGCGGGGAAGGUACUCAACGCUGCUGCAGGGGCGGUAGGUGCCGGGGGCGGUGCUGCGGUUGUGGCUGCUGCAGCCGGGGGUGCUGGCGGUGGCGUCGGGGGGGAGGAAGGGUUGGGUCAGGUCUGGACUGGGAUUGGUCUGGAUUGGUUGAGAACCAUGUGUGGGAGAAGGGAAUGGAGGGUGGGCUGUUUGGAUGUUGUUGUUAGGCUU